AUGUUUAUCCGUACGCAUCUUCUAAUCAAGCAAUUAAGAGCACGAACGCCUUUACUGAUAACUUUACACCGAUCCAACUCAUCGAUAACAACAAAAAUACGAGGCAGCAAGAAUUUACCCAAGAAGAAGAUCGGGGCACAAAAGUUGCGUCGAGCUGAUCCAAAGUUUCAGAACGAGUCUAUCAGCUAUAUACUCUCUUUGCUUAAUGAAAAUAAAGAACAUGUUGAUGCAAAGUCGUUGGAGAAGCAUUUGAGUAUCGUGACUUCAGUGACUGUGGGGGACUCCAUCAAUUUCGAAAAAGUUCUCCCUGCAAUCAUUUCACUAGACCAUCACGUUGUAAUUUCAGAAGAGGUGAUAAAUAUUAGUACACCAAAGAGCAAUUUGAUGAUUUUGUCGAAUGGUACAUUGGUUGGAUGGAACUUGACAGAGGAAGAGAUUUUGAACUCGUAUCUCCCAACGAUUCAAGAUGCUAUUGAGGGCCGCACAGAAGAGAUUGAGAGUGAGGAAAUUGACUGGAUUGAGUUGAAAGAGGUUCCUGAUCACCCGCUAAAUAAUGGAAACAGUUAUUUGCACGGUGAAAUCUUGGUUGUUCAAGGCUCUUCAAAGGAGAAACGGUUGUUGGAUAUGGCAGCUUUUGCCAUUGGUUUAAGUCGAUCGACAAGAUUAUCGAUCCUAGAGCAGCAGUUGGAUGAGUUUUUGGAAAUGACAAAACAAAAUGCAAAUCUUUUGGCCAACGGAGCUAAGUUGACUACAUCGGAACACGAGUUUCUACAAAUAACGGGGAAAUUGUUUCUUCUUCGAGGAAAAUUGAACUUGUACUCGGAGUUGAUCGAUACGCCAGACUUGUAUUGGAGUGAACCGUUUUUGGAGAAGAUUUACAAUUCAGUAUCCAAGAUCUUGGAUAUCAACUCGCGAAUAUCAAUAAUGAAUCGGAAAUUGGAUUACGCAACAGAAGAACAAAGGGCGUUCUUAGGUGUGUUGAAUGAGAAGAAAUCAACAAGGCUCGAAUGGAUCAUUAUAUUAUUGAUAAUGGUGGAAGUGGGGUUUGAAAUCUUCCAUUUCUAUGAGAAGUAUGAAGAAAAAAAAGCGGAAAAAGGAAGCAAAGUGAAAGGGGAGAUGACAAAUGAGAAAUAG